AUGGCGUGUCCCAUCACCGUUAGCAAAUUCGUGGGCACCGUGUCCCUGGGUCUGUUGACAGGCCUCUCCUACUCUGCCGCCACUAUUACUAUCCCUUCCCUGAGUGUCCUCCCUACCUCCGCUAAUGCCUCGCGGUCGCUGCACGAAGUCAAACGACUGAACCGGAAGCAUGGCCUGCGACUGACCAAUCUAGCCAAUGGCUGUCUCCUUUUUGCCUUCUGUAUCUCCCCGAGCCAUCGCAAACACCCCUAUUUGCUUUGGAUGUGUGUAUCCUCCGCCCUGGGUACUUACGCCGUCGACUACUGGUUCCACCGGACGAGCGGCUUCAAGCCCUGGCUCCAGAGCUUCAUCCAGGACACGAGAUUCUUGUGUAUAUCGUGCGAGUCGGCUCCAAGGAAGGAAGAGGAUCUCGUCGUGGUGGAAGCCGAUGAAAACAUCAACGGAGAGAGUGUCCGGAAAGAACUAGAUUCGGAGCGCCGCUUCCAGAGAGUCCGGGCCUUCUUCUCGGGUCUCGCACUGGCCAUGGGAAUCGUUGGAUUGUGGGGUGAUCGGUCCUCUUAG